UAACUACAAAAUUCGCAAAGAUUUUGUAUGUCCAAAGGAAUUGGAUUCACAGUAAUUGGCAUAUAAAUUCACAUAAUACCUAAAAUAGUAGCACGAUUGAGCUCACAAAUUGUCUAAGUUUAGUUACUGUACUAGAGAGACACACAGCUUCAAACAUAAUGAGAGAAGCAAUUGAAACAAACAGUGCCUCUUCACUAUCACCAUCACAGCCACCUCCUCAAGCUCUUGUUGAAAGACUUAAAGAUUACGAUCAAGAAGACGUUUUUACCCUUUGGGAUGAGCUUUCUCUUGAAGAACGUGACUUUCUUGUCAGGGACAUUGAGAAUUUAGAUCUCCCCAGGCUAGAUCGAAUCAUUCGAUGUUCGCUCCAUUCUCAAGGAUUGCCGGUGGCGGCUAUAGAGCCGGUGCCGGAGGGAAGUGUAUCAACGUUGGAGGAAAGAACAAUGGAAGAUAAAGAGAGAUGGUGGAAAAUGGGAUUGAAAGCUAUCUCUAAUGGAAAAUUAGCUGUUUUGCUUUUAUCUGGUGGCCAGGGAACAAGGCUUGGAAGUUCAGAUCCAAAAGGAUGUUUUAAUAUUGGACUUCCAUCUGGCAAGUCCCUUUUUCAACUUCAAGCCGAGCGAAUUUUAUGCGUCCAAAGACUAGCUGCCCAAGCUGCCAGUGAGGGAUCUCGUGGUACAGCGUCAAUACAUUGGUAUAUUAUGACCAGUCCAUUUACUGAUGAGGCCACGCGCAAAUAUUUUGAGAGCCACAAGUUUUUUGGUCUUGAUUCUGAUCAAGUUACCUUCUUCCAGCAAGGCACUAUACCUAGUGUCUCAAAGGAUGGCAGAUUUAUCAUGGAGACUCCAUACAAAGUAGCUAAAUCUCCUGAUGGAAAUGGAGGAGUAUACACAGCUCUGAAGUAUUCAAAAUUAUUAGAAGAUAUGGCCACAAGAGGGAUUAAAUACGUUGAUUGCUAUGGUGUCGACAAUGCAUUGGUUCGUGUAGCUGAUCCGACCUUUUUAGGGUAUUUUAUUGAUAAAGGUGCUGCUUCUGCUGCAAAAGUUGUACGCAAGGCAUAUCCCCAAGAAAAGGUAGGUGUAUUUGUGAGGCGAGGUAAAGGAGGACCUCUUACUGUUGUUGAAUACAGUGAGUUGGACCAGUCGCUGGCUUCAGCAAUCAAUCAACAAACUGGACGUCUUCGUUUCUGUUGGAGUAAUGUGUGUUUACACAUGUUCACUUUGGAUUUUCUGAAUCAAGUGGUAAAUGCUCUCGAGAAAGACAGCAUUUACCAUCUAGCAGAGAAAAAAAUUGCAUCAAUUCAUGGAUUUACAUUGGGAUUUAAACUAGAGCAGUUCAUAUUUGAUGCGUUUCCGUAUGCACCUUCAACUGCUCUUUUUGAGGUGUUACGUGAAGAAGAGUUUGCACCAGUGAAAAAUACGAAUGGCUCAAACUUUGACACUCCGGACAGUGCUCGGUUGCUUGUGUUGCGGCUCCAUGCUCGUUGGGUAGUUGCUGCUGGCGGUUUUUUAACGCAUUCAGUGCCCCUAUAUGCAACUGGUGUGGAAGUAUCUCCGGUUUGCUCAUAUGUUGGAGAAAACUUAGAAGCUAUUUGCCGAGGAAGAACAUUUCAUGCACCUUGUGAGAUUUCAUUUUAGUUGCUUUUAAUGAGCAUGAGUUCAAAUAAAGCCCGUCUAGUGAGUUGCUAAUUUACGAGUGUUGUGUGCUAUGAGUUGCCUUGGUGUGCUAAAAUCUAGUCUUUAGAAAGAAGUUUCACAAGUAUUGGUUGAGAUUGAUCCUUCAAGUGUAAAGGUACCAGAAAUGAGAUUAAGUUGGUAAUAUUACAAGUGUAUUCCCAUUCAAGUUGAAUAAAUUUAACAUGAACUUGCAUGAA